AUGGAUUUAUUGUUAAAUCGGUGUUCUUUUGUAUUUCGCCAACUUCGUAAAGAGCAAACACCUAUAAGAGCUGUUAAUAUUAAAGAAAUAUUUAAUGAAAUUGUUUCAUUUUUAAACACAAUCGAUAACCAAUCUAAUGGUUUGAACGUUAUAGCAAUAGUUUGUAAUGAACUGGCUAGUGUUAAUACGUUGAAAAUAUUUGAUGAUCCAGUUAUUAUUAAGCAUCCAUUAAUUAUUAUUAUAGGACGUACAUUUGAAAUGUUAUUAACAAAAUGGAAUUAUGAAAAACAGAUUAAUAUGGAAGAAGUAGAUCAAAAUUGUUUAUAUGAAACAAGUUAUCUGAUCGCAUAUUUAUGUUUGUACAGAAAUGGAAAACGCAUAGGUUUUUAUACAAAUGAAAUAAAUGAAAUAUCAUAUCAAAAAAUAUUUUUAACCACAUCAUUUUUCGAUAAAGUUGCUCGACUAAUCAAAGAUUUAUCCAACAAUGAAUAUGAACCGUAUUCUGUCAAAUACAAAGUUGCUGAUAGACUUGUUCGUCUUUGUAGAAAAUUGAACGAAAGUGACGUAAAUUUAGACUCAGUAAUCGACGCUACGAUUGAAUGUCUUUCUUCCAGACAUUAUUUAACUGUCUUUCAAAAUAUUGAUCUGAAACAGCCUACGUUUAAUCCGAAACAAUCAUUUUUCAUUCGUGAAUGUUCCGACUUUAUUAUUAAAUAUACGUUUAAACAACAACAUAAAGUAUCCUAUAAUUUAUCUAAAAUAAUGCUAGAAUAUAAUAAACUAAUUUUUAAAAAGCAUUUACCAGUUACACUGGAAGGAGAAGUUUUGGGCAACUGUGACAGAAAUUGUGUCACAAACCGAGAGCCUAAAGGUGCUCGGAUGAACGCUAUAGGUUGUCAUAUUAAAUUGUUAAAUUAUUUUGCAUUGUUACCGUCGAUAAGAAACGACUUUAUUCCUACUGCAGAAGCAACAAAUCAUAUUAUCGAUAAAAUUUUAGAUAUAUUAAGUACAAACUCGUUAAUUGAAAGUAUAAUGAACAACCAACAGGCAUUUCAUGUUGACGUUAGUGUUAUUUCAUAUUCAAUAACAUUAUUAUAUAAUUUAGUGUUUCAUAGGCAAUUAUUUUCCAUUUUGAAAGCCAAUAAAAGACUAUUAGACAUUUGCUUAAGAUUGCAGAUGGUAAAAGAUCGAAGUAUUCACUUUGUAGCACAAACAUUAUCAAAAAUUUUAGUUGAUCAAACAAAUAUUGAUGAUAUAAAACAACCUAGGAGGAUCGCAAAAGCCUAUCUUUAUUAUAUAGAAAAUACGGUUGAUGAGCCAACACAAACACAUCACGGGAUUAAACUAGAUGGUGUAUUUACAAAUCUUACAACUAUUAUUCAGAAUGAUGAAGUUAAAAAUACCAUUGCAGAAGAUGAAGAAGGUUUACAGUUGAUAGCGAAAUGCGCAUACGAUGAAAAAUUUGAUCAUACAUCAAUUCAACUUCCGGCUUUAGACGUCGUCUGGAGUGUAAUAUUUACUGGAUCGGGCCAUAAAGCAGUAAAGUCUGAAGUGACGGACAUUUCUAUCCCGGUUAGUCGCAGUUCUUCUUCCCUUAGUCAACCAGUAGAUUUAGAGUUUGAAGAGAAUGGCCAUCAGACGCAAAGUGUAACUGUAGACAAACAUGAUGAUGCAGACCAUGAAGAACAAAAGUAUUCUCUUAAACUCCGUAAGAAAGCUGUUGAAGUCUUGAAUGAUGAUGAACAGUUCAUGAAACAUGUUACAAAACUAUCAACAUCAAGAAACAUAAAAGAGGAACGAACGGCCAAUGGUAUCUUGUGGCGAUUAAGUAAUGAAAAAGCAUUUAUUCGUCAAAAACAGGAAGAAGAAAAAAAAGAGAAACAGCGACAACAACAAAGACGCGAAACACCAAAGACAAAAUUUGUUGAAAGUGAAGCCAUAUAUCAAUAUGUUAAUGGCGAUUAUCGCUGGAACUUGUCGGAGAGUAAACCUAUUCAUGGUUUAACGAUAAGCUAUUCAUAUAAUAAUAAAGAACUUUGCUAUAAAAUUUAUAAUACUCUACAAAAAUCAAAAUUUUAUCGCGUUUGGAUUGGGAAAGAGAAUGUAUACGGUUCACUUCCCAAGGUAAUGGCUGAAAAAAUUGAAAAUUCAAGGAUAGUUCUUAUUUGUAUGUCAACUGGAUAUCGUGCAUCACAAUCAUGUCAAGCUGAGGCUGAAUAUGCUUGGAAACGUGACCAAUCGAUCAUACCAUUGAUAGUAGAAAGAGAUUAUAAUCCAUCAGGGUGGUUAAAGGCAAUUAUCGGUGAUAGAAAAAGUAUUGAUUUUACACAAAUAGAUUUUGAUGCUUCAUACUUAGAAUUAAUUAACGAAAUUGAUAAAACUGUAGCCUCCGAUUCGAACUGA